UCGGCCAUGUGGGAAUCCCGCACUGCGCCACCUGCUGGCCCCAUGGUUCAUUGACAGAUACGUCCCUCCUGCUCUUACCUGUAAAUUGUGCGAACCUGCCCCUUACAGCUGCUUCCUAUUUGUCAGGGGCCAUCCAUAACCAGUUACCUCUCCUGGAAGAGCACUGGCUUGGCCAGCAGCCCGUCCACAGGUAAAGAACACACAAAAGGUCACCCUGCGACAGAAGUCAAGAAGGCCCAAAGGGCAGGAGGUAUUGCGCGCUGGACCCCGUUCCUUUUGGGUUAGAAGGUGAAGCCAGUUUUCCCGGGGCGUAACCCCGUUCUGCGCUGGGAGGCACCUCUUCUCACCUACUUGGCGAGAGGCCCGAGCCCCAGGUGGCGCGUGGGUGCAAAAGGCCGGGCUCGGGCACGAGCAUAGCGCCGCCGUUCCCAAGCAGGCCUGCCGAGCGCCACUGGCCAGCCCUGCUUGGAGAUGGCCUCCCCGCCGAAAGGCCCCCGGAGAUUCCCGGGCAAGACCUGGAAACUGGCGCCACAGAGACUUGGGCCAAGGCCACCGGUGGUCUCCCCCAGCGCGCUGCAGCGGCACAACAGGCUGCCCUGGGUGACUGUGGUGAAAGCCUUAGGCGGCUUCAGGCUGUCGACCGAGGACACUCACCGGGAUCACCUGCUGGCCUCCCUCGACCCCCUGGACGUGGACAGGGACUUCCUAGUGCCCAAGAAGGACCGUAAAGAGGAGAAGACGUUCUGGGGCGACCAGGAGCCCCUCUCUAAGAUCCCAUUUAAAAUUCUGAGUGGACAUGAGCAUGUGGUGAGCUCAUGCCAUUUCUGUGUGGAUGACACGAAGCUGCUCAGCGGCUCCUAUGACUCCACUGUGAAGCUGUGGGAUGCUGUGGAUGGAUCUGUGAUUCAGGAUUAUGAGCCACACCCCAAAGCUCCUAUUUUAGAGUGCAGCAUCACAGCCGACUACAGAAGAAUUGUUGCAGCAUCCUAUGACAAAACAGUGAGGGCCUGGGACCUUGAAACCGGCAAGCUGCUGUGGAAGAUGAGCCACGAUAACUUCGUAGUCUCCUGUAAGUUCUCUCCUGACGGUAAAUACGUAGUCGCAGGCUUGGAUGUGGAUCGUGGCAUCUUCAUCAUGGACGCGGAGAACACCGCCACCGUGUCGCACAUCAAAGAUCAUCACAGCAGGUCAAUCACAGCAUGCUGCUUUGACCCUGACAGCCAGAGGGUGGUGUCUGUCUCCUUGGACCGGAGCAUCAAGAUCUGGGAUGUUACAUCCCGGACCACACUGCUCACCAUCACCAAGGCGCAUUCCAAUGCAAUCUCGAACUGCUGUUUCACCUUCAGUGGCCAUUUCCUGUGUACGAGUUCCUGGGAUAAAAACUUAAAAAUCUGGAACGUCCAUACAGGGGAGUUUCGAAACCACGGAGCCUGUGUGACUCUGAUGCAGGGUCACGAAGGUUGUGUGAGCUGCUGCUCCUUUGCCAGAGACAGUUCUUUUCUCAUUUCUGGAGGGUUCGACAGGACGGUGGCUAUUUGGGAUGUAGGAGAAGGCUACCGGAAGCUCUCCUUGAAGGGCCAUCAUGACUGGGUGAUGGAUGUUGCCAUUAGCAACAACAAGAAAUGGGUCCUUUCUGCCUCAAAGGAUAGGACCAUGAGACUAUGGAAUAUUGAAGAAAUUGACCAAAUACCUGCAGUAAUGGAAUACAAAAAAGCCAAGGGCAUAACGGCGAGACAGUGUGAAGGUUGCGACAAGCCCUUCUCCAUCUUCGAAAACAACACCUCUUCUGAAAUAUUCUCCAAAUGUGUAUUCUGCCGGAUGGACGCAAAGAACUUGGAAGCAGCUUCAUCAUUGGAAGACUGAGAACUGGACACUGAGCCCCUCCCUUGCGUGACUUAUCAGUAUACCUGUGCAGAAGGCAGGCUCUGUACGGAACUUUCUCUUGGGCCCAUCCCAGCUGAGUGGGCCUCUGAGACGGGGCGGGGGGGUGGAGGUGGGCAUGGGGGGGUGCUGACUCCUGGCUGGGUUCUCACCACAGUG